UUAUUCUCCAUGUUUCAGACUCAAUCCAGAACAAGAACAUUGAGAGACAGAGAGAGAGAGAGAGAGAGAGAAGAGAAGAAAAAUUUUCCGAGAAAGUUAGAGAGAAAAAAGGGUAGGUGUGAAUGACGAGCAGUAGCAGUCAGUUGGAGUUACCUCCUGGAUUCAGAUUCCAUCCGACGGAUGAGGAGCUCGUGAUGCACUACCUGUGCCGUAAAUGCGCAGCUCAGCCGAUUUCUGUCCCGAUCAUCGCCGAGAUCGAUCUCUACAAGUUCGAUCCAUGGCAACUUCCAGGAAUGGCGAUGUAUGGUGAAAAGGAGUGGUAUUUUUUCUCUCCGAGAGAUCGGAAGUAUCCGAACGGUUCGAGGCCGAACAGGGCGGCGGGGACGGGGUACUGGAAGGCGACCGGAGCCGAUAAGCCAAUAGGGCGGCCGAAGGCGGUGGGAAUCAAGAAGGCUCUGGUUUUUUACGCCGGAAAAGCACCCAAAGGGGUGAAGACCAAUUGGAUUAUGCAUGAAUAUCGGUUAGCCAAUGUGGAUAGGUCCGCCGGCAAGAAAAACAAUUUAAGGCUUGAUGAUUGGGUGUUAUGUCGAAUAUACAACAAGAAGGGUGCUAUUGAGAAGCAUUUAAAUUCGACAGGUCCAAAGCCAACUCAAUAUUUAGAAAUUGAAGAGAGAAAACCCGAAAUUUUAUCGGGAUACGAGGCCAUCUCAAUGCCGCCGCCGCGGCCACCACCAUCACAACCACUAAUGUCUAAUGACUUGCUGCAUUUUGAGACAUCGGAUUCGGUGCCGAGGUUGCAUACGGACUCGAGUGGCUCCGAGCAUGCGGGGUCACCCGACUUCAUGUGUGACAAAGAAGUGCAGAGCGAGCCGAGAUGGAAUAAUGACUUGGAAAAUGCCCUCGAUUUUCAGUUUAAUUACAUGGAUGCCUUCCUAGAUGACUCUUUUGCCUCUCAAAUGCAGGAGUUUCAGCAGGACCAGCUCUCCCCAUUGCAGGACAUGUUCAUGUUCAUGCCAAGCCAUCUUAGCCGUCCAAUUGAAAAAAAAAAAAACACCCAAUUUAGUCCGUCCGUCCGUCCGAUGAAAAUCCUAAUUGUAGGCCCAAAAACAUUUUUAUCACUUAAAUCAUAUAUGAAAUAUUCAUACAUGCAUACAUCCCAUCCUGCACACGUGUGGGUGACAUUUUAGUCUUUAGGAGCUCCGCAUUUUGUCAAUAUAAAUGGGCUUUGGUGACGACGACAACAAUGGGGCAGAGAUUGGGUGCAAUUGGUUUCCACUGUAGUAGUAGCGAUAUUUUGGGCUUCCAUCAACUGAUCAUGUGGUUGAGGAUAGCUUGGGAAGAUCAAAUGGCAGAUGAUAGGAUUAUAGAUAGUCCAUAUGUUAAUAUAUCUUGUUGUAAGGCAUGUAGGUCAUUAUUCAUUCUUAUAAUUCUUGGAUUGUGUAGGAAAUUUAAUUCUUUUCCCACUAUAUAUAUAUAUGAUAUAAAAUGCAUUUUCAAAGAUGAA